AUGUCCAACACGCGCGAAAAUGCCGAAGUGUCCGCCUCGGGCGAAGACAGGGUGAAUGCCAUGCGUGGCUACAAGGCGACGCUCAAGAAUCCUCGUACCUCCAACGAGGCUAAGGAGCACGCCUCGGAGGUACUCAACAACGAGCUUGGCUGGGACAAACCUCGCCAGGACCUAUAUGAGGUCCGUGAUCGAAACAAGGGCCCCACCCACGUAGCUGGUGGAUUGAAAGCUGCUCAGAAGAACCCUCGAGUCACCGAUCGCGGCAAGCAAAGCUCUUCAGAGAAGCUUGACACACUCGCCCAACAGGCUCCGGAGGAGUAG